CCGGUUACGGUUUGUUGUCUAGUUGUUGUGGUUGUUUUGCAACCAAGUGACAGUUAAAGUGAAAACUAGGAUUUUUAGGUCAUAGGCGGAAGAAAUUCCGAUAUGAUGAACAACUGUUCAUUCGAUUAUUGAAGUUUAAAACAUUUGAAACAUGCAUCCGAGCAGAAGACGUAAAAAGCGGCCUAAUUAUGGUGUAAGAACUGUAGAAGUUGCCAGGGGCCCUAACGGAUUCGGCUUCACCAUUUCUGGGCAACAACCCUGUAUUUUGUCAUGUAUAGUCAACAACUCACCAGCGGAUCAAGCAGGACUGAGGGCUGGUGAUUUCCUAAUUUCGGUUAAUGGAGUAUCUGUUUCUAAAAUAACACAUGAUGCAGUGGUCAGCCUUAUUGGAAACUGUGUUGGUGCAAUUAAAAUGUCUAUUGCAGAAAAUUAUUACUCAGACAGUAGCGAUGAAGAGUUGGAGUGUGGUAGAAUAGCAAGCAAUAGAAAACCCAAAUAUAUGCACAAACCUAAAGUUCAUCAUAGAGUUUGCAACAAAAUAUCUUCUGAUCCGUGUGAAAAGAAUAUUGUAAAAAUGCGUGAUUGUUUGGAAAAUCAAAAUGGACCUCUAAAUUCAAAUAUUUUCCAUGAAGAUACCUGUCCUAAUGAAUCCCAAGUUUUAAAUGCAGUUGCUACAGAAAGUGGCCCAGUUGAAUUUAAAGCUAUUGUAGGAUAUUUAGGCACUAUUGAAAUGCCCAAACAGCUGAUGCCCAAUUCUCGUUUGCAAACGGUAUGUAGUUGUAUAAGGAAACUGAGACAAGAGAAACGAUCUCCAACUCCGGUGCUAAUGACAAUCUUACCAACUUGCUUGACAUUAAAAAACUCAUCAAAUAAUAUUCUUGCUAUAUACCCAACUAAUAGGGUGGUUUAUGUUGGGUCUAGUGUAGAAAAAGACUCUAGAUAUUUUGGCUUAGUAACAAGUGCCAUAAAUGAUAAUAGAAAUGAGGAUUGGCAGGAAUCCAAAGAUGUAGAAAGUGAAAUCGACAUAUCAAAUAGCUGCCAUAUAUUUGUUGUUGAUUCAAAAAUUGUAAACCAUCAUCUUCAUGCAAAUAUUGCUGAAAACUUUAAAAUUGUUUGCACAAAUGAUGGUCUUACAGACACAUGUCUAGAGUUUCCACAAAACGCUCUGUACAUUAUAAAUGUCAUUCAAAGUAUGUAUAAGUUACAAAGUGAUUGCCUGAUGCACAGAAAUGACCCAAAUUUGCCAGUAGUUGCCAAUUCUCCACAGCCAAGUGCAUCUAGUAAUUCAGAUUCGGGUAUAGGAUUUAGAGAUGAUUGUGGCAAUGUGAGUGACCGUAUUUUGGUUGUUGAAUUUCCACAGCACCAUCCAUAUCCUAUUUUGAAUACUAAGAAUCGACCUCAAGGGAUAAAUGGGUCAGAGGGUUCAUUAGAUGCUCUCGAGUUGUCUACGGGAAGGGAGAAUUUAUACAAUAGCAUUCAUAAUAACACAACAUGCAGCCCUAUAAAAGGAAAAGUCAGCAAAAAUGGAAAUGUAGAAGUAGGGCAGUUGAAUGAUGUAAAAAAUAUACGAGCCUGUGAGAAACGAAAUAGACCAGAAAAACCUGAUUGUGUCCAGAAAGAAAGUCGUUUUUCGAGGCAAUACAAUUACCUUCAUUGUAGGGCAAUUAUUGGUGCCAUCAAUGCAACAGUUAUUUCAAAUGACAAUCAACAGGAACUGGCAUUAAUAGAUACCACAUCACACUGCAGUAAAUAUGAAUCUGAAUGCCAUAAUCCACAAGUGCAAAAUUCAAAGAUUUCUGAAGUUGAAGAUUCUGAUACUUUUCGAUUGCCUUUACAAGUAAAAAAAGUAAAAAAAAAACUAAAAUCUGCCAAAAGUUGUGAAAAUAUUAUGGGUCUGGAGGGCGACAAACACAGUGGAAUAUUAACUUUUGAUGGAUCUAAAGUUAGUCUAGAUGAACUAAAUAAUUUUGAGUCAUUUGAGAAGUGUGGGUAUGGAAGUUUGCAAAAUUUGUGUAAAUUUCAGGAAAUGGAAUGUCAAAAAAGGAAUAAUGCUCAAAGCGAACCUGAUAUAAGGAUUGAUAGGAACGGUUACUUGUGUGAUAAAACCAACGAAGGAAUCGUCUACAACAAAGGUGGCCCUGCGGGCGGGCCAUCGUCGUGGGCGACAUCCUUCGAAAAAUUACUGGAAGAUCCUGUAGGGUUGCAUUCAUUUGCUGAAUUCCUAAAGAAAGAGUUCAGCGCCGAAAACAUCUAUUUUUGGACGGCGUGCGAACGUUACGCGCGACUUCCCGCAGACUCCAGACGAACCGCCGAAGCUCAACGAAUUUUUAAGCAGCACUUGGCGCUCGGCGCGCCGGAAGCGGUUAACGUCGACGCCCACGGACGCCAAGCGGCGGAACAGGAUCUCGUGGACGCCGACACGAACUUGUUUGAAGUGGCACAAAAGCAAAUAUUUAACUUAAUGAAGUUCGAUAGCUAUCCACGCUUCUUAAAGUCGCAACUCUACAAACAGUGUCUCGCCGGCGAUACCGUGAUCACCAAGUUUGAUCCCAGGUUGGCUCUACACACCGGUAUCAAUUCGACCCCGACUAGCAAACUGAAAAAGUCAUUAAGCAAUGCGGAGGAUCGUCGUCGUAAAUCCUUAUUGCCAUGGCAUCGUAAGAACAACAGUAGCCAUCAGAGGUCGAAAUCACGAGAUCGGGAAGAAUCGUCUUGCCUACAAAAAUACAGCAAUAGUUAUGGCGCCGAUUAUGAUCAUCAGCGCACGGCCGACCUUGAGGGAGGCAUACACUCGAGCCAAUCGUCUUUGACGUCCCUAGAUUUUGCUCUCUCCAAUCAAGAGAAUUGUAAUCAAAUGUUGACUUCAUCUGCCUACAUCAAAACAGCUCUGUGCCGCGUGAGACUCAGUAGCGGUAGCACCACUGUAGUACAAAUUAAGGAGGACGAAACAGUACAACAACUAGUUCAAAGACUGUUGGAUAAACGAGGACUAGUCUAUUCAUCUUUCGAAGUUUUUACAAAUAAGCACCCGAAGGCAUUAAACAUAUCGGAGUCCUCGUUAAAACUUGCGGGUUGCGAGGUGACAGUCGAGCAGAGGGUUGUUUUUAAGCUCGAUCUCCCUAACCGCAAAAUAAUAUCGGUCAAGUCGAGGUAUUCGAAAAUAAUUGCGGACGUUUUGAGGCCUACCUUGCACAAGUACAAAUUUAACCUAGAACAAACCAACGUAACUCGAGCUGGCUGUCCGAUCGAUAUAUCUUUACCUGUGACGUCAAUCGAUAUGGACCGACUUAAUAUUUCUUUAAAAGAAGGCGUAAACGAUACCACUAACGACGGUACCGAUGUUCCAAUUCUCAAAAUUAAUAAUGUUCGAGUAAAAAAGUUGGAGGAGAUAACCAACAAAGUCUUCGAGAGUAUCUUACAAGAAAAGUCGGAUAUCGAAGCGUUCAAGCCGUCCAAAUCUGACAAGGGUUCCGUCAAAAGUGAGGAUUGGGGUUCGGAACAUUCUUCUGGAAUCUUUGGAAAAUUUCUUCGCAGAGACUCGGCGAUGCACGAAAGGAAAAAGAAACUUGGUAGUCACAGGGCAAAGGCAUGCACCCACGGUAAUAGAGAGGAAUCGUCGAACGAUCAGCUUAUUAAAAAACCUUUGAUUGCCAAACUUAAGGUUGGACCCAGUAAACAAGUCGCGUAUAGCGAAAGUGAUGAAUUGGUGGAAGGGUUGACAAGAGCGCAAAGGCGAUUGGAGGACCAACGUGGAACGGAAAUCAAUUUUGAACUUCCAGACUUCCUAAAAGAUAAAGAGGAAGAUGGCCAGUAUCAAACACCUCGGCAAAGCAUAUCCGAAAGUAACAGUCGAUUCUAUACAUCCGGUUCUAGUCCAAAAGUAUCCUCUGUGAAAGCGACCUACGAAAAUGUUUCUGUUAAUAGAACUACGAGUUCACAAAGCAGUAUUAAUAAGGUCGAAUCUAUGUCGUCUAGAGUUCAAGUAGAAAAACGGACACUUGCUUCAGAGCCGCCUCCCCUGCCUCCCAAACCAAAAGUUAUACCAAUCAAGCCUCCAAAUUGGGGACAGAGCGAUGCUUUCAAAUCACGAGAGGGUCCAGGGGAUGUAAAGCAGGAUGUGUUUCUUGAUCAACCCACGAGCAGCUUUGUUUAAUUAUUUUUAUAUAUUUAUUGUAUUCUGUACUAUAGCUUAUAAAUUUGUAGAUAGUUUUAGGUUUGACAGAUGACAUUUAUAAACUGUUUUUUAUUAUUUAGAGACUUUGAAUUUGAAGUCUUGACCAUUUAUUA